AAACAUAAAAUCACCUAAACAUCGAGUGAUAGAUCAGAUUAUCGCCGCCGUGGAGGAGGAGUAGCACUCUCUUCUUGCGUAGUAAAACCACCAAAGCAACACCAAUUCAUCGGAAUAUGGCCACGUCAGCUUCCGCGAUUCAGAAGCUUCUGACCGUCGGAACCAAAAUAAUCGGUGUAGGUCGCAACUACGCCGCGUACGCCAAGGAACUCGGAAAUGCUGUGCCUAAGGAGCCGGUGCUGUUUCUGAAGCCGACGACGUCGUAUUUGGAGAACGGCGGUAAAAUUGAGGUGCCAGAGCCGCUGGAGGGGCUGGAUCAUGAGGUCGAGCUGGCGGUGGUUAUCGGUCAACGCGCCCGUGACGUGCCGGAGGCCACUGCGAUGGACUACGUUGGAGGUUAUGCUCUUGCUUUGGAUAUGACUGCAAGGGAGAUCCAAUCUGUUGCUAAGUCUGCAGGUCUUCCGUGGUCUGCAGCUAAGGGGCAAGAUACCUUCACCCCAAUCAGCUAUGUUUUGCCAAAAUCCAUGUUGCCAGACCCUCACAACAUAGAACUCUGGUUGAAGGUUGAUGGACAAAUUCGGCAAAAAGGAUCGACGAGUGAUAUGAUAUUUAAGAUCCCAUUCUUGAUUAGCCACAUCAGCUCUCUCUUUACGCUUCUUGAAGGCGAUGUCAUUUUGACAGGAACUCCUAAAGGUGUUGGCCCUGUUAAGAUAGGUCAAAGAAUUGAAGCUGGAAUUACUGACAUUUUGGACAUUCAUUUCGAUGUUGAAAGACGCAAUAGAGCGAUCCAUUGAUGAACCAAAUACAUUCAUUCCUACAGCAGUUAAAGACCCCCUUCUUGCAUUUGCUUGUCAUUAUCUUCCCUAAGUUUCAAAAUCUAACAAUCAACGAAACAUGUGUAAUGGCUUUGGGAAGACUGGGAAUUUAUCCCACCAUGAAAUGAUAACUGCUCCUUUUGAGACCUACAGACUAUGUAGAGGUUUUUAUUCGAAAUUUAUAGAAUAAAAGGAACUUUGUUGAUCUA